CUCCUGCCAUCUUUCGAACAAAACCAUUAAUCGUCGGCGACUUCGAAAUGCAUUCGUAUGCGUGCGUAUAUGUGCAUUCGGUCUUCAAUUCGAAAUACAUGUGGUCGGAGGAAAAAGUGUGAACACCUCGCUGUCAUUUUUCACAGUAAAUAGACAAAUUUCGGGCGCGAAAAUAUGUUGUUUCGUUAAAUCGGUUCCCGCUUAACUGCAACAACUCGAAGAACACCCCGAGAACAACUCAGAUUUAGUAUUAGUGCUGCGUGAAAAAAAGCGAGUUUCCCCCCUGUCGCUGUGCCCGACCGAUUGGAUAUUGUCAAUCGGAUAUGCCCGUGUCGGUAGUGUGUGACUCGUCGGCCGUCACAGCCGCGAUUCGCGACUCGCUAGCAACGUCCGCGUCAAACGGCGGCUGCUCCAAGUCCGGCGAUGAUUCGCAAACGUUGCAGAACAAACUUGUGGCCUCUGCGAAACGUGUUCUCCUCACAAAAAUCGAGUAUGAGGAAGUAAAUAACUACAGUCAGGCGGUCCUUGACACGUUAAAGUCGAAAUACAUCGUGCUCAAACCGUCGGGUAGCGGGAAACUGAACCACAGUGCGGCCACAGGCGACGUCAACAACAAGGACGCAAACCACAGCACGCCGUCUGGACCACGUGAUCCAAAUCAACUACCGCAACCAAAAAAGAUACUUUUCCCCCGACAAAAUGUCCAAAUCGGAUGGAAAAGUUUCGGACGAAAGUGGCAGGUUGGUGCCGGAAUGAUGAACGUUGGAAAUACAUGCUACCUCAACUCCACACUACAAGCCUUAUUCCAUGUGCCGGCAAUGGCCAAUUGGCUCAUGUCGGACUCCGCACAUCGUGAGAAGUGUGAAGACGAAAACGGUUCCCAAGGUGGAUGUAUCAUAUGUGCAAUGUCAAGAACUCUCAUCUCUUCGCAAACAAGUCAAAGCCACAUUCGUCCUUAUCUGGUUUACACAAAAUUACGUCUGGUAUGCAAACAUUUAAUUAUGGGCCGACAAGAAGAUGCACAUGAAUUUUUAAGAUACUUAGUGGAAGCAAUGGAGAAGUCAUACCUAGCUAGAUUUCGAAACAGUAAAGAACUAGAUCAGUACAGCAAAGAAACCACACCACUUAAUCAAAUAUUAGGCGGCUACCUUAAGUCGGCUGUGAGAUGUUUAGCAUGUGGGCAUGUUUCGACAACAUUUCAACAUUUCCAAGACCUAUUGUUGGACAUCCGGAAAGCUAACACUAUUGAAGAAGCUCUUGAUCUAUACUUUGCCCGCGAACGUUUAGAAGAUAUGGGAUACAAAUGUGAAGCAUGUAAAAAGAAGGUAUCCGCGACUAAACAAUUUUCACUUGAAAGAGCCCCUAUUUCCUUGUGUAUACAAUUGAAGCGCUUCUCAAUGAUGGGGUCAAAACUAAACAAGCAUGUAGCAAUUCGUCCUCGCUUAGAUUUAUCACCAUAUGCAUCGAAAACAAACAAAGAAAAUUUAACAUACAAACUAGUAGCGAUGGUAACUCAUCUUGGAGCAUCGCAGCACUGUGGCCACUACACUGCAAUUGGCCUUACUGACACAGGAACUUAUUAUCAAUUUGACGACAGUUAUGUUCGUUCAAUAUCUCUCCAAAAUGUGCUUAAUACAAACGCUUAUAUAAUAUUUUACGAACUAGACGAUAGUCAUGAGAACAGACAAACCAGCACUCAAGUUAGCCGUGGGCCAAAUGAAAACAGUCUGAAAGACUCGGGAAGUAAGUUGAAUUUUCAAACUGGUAGCAACGAGAAUAGCUUUCAGAGGCAAAAUUCAGCGACAUCUAGUACAAACAACGGAAACAGUAUGAGCCUGAAUUCAAAAAUUAUUAGUAAAUUGGAAGCUAAUCAGCAAGUUACGUUGAUUGGGCCUCAGCUGCCCAACAAAAUGAUUCAGCGAAAUCCCCCAUCAUCCACUGUUGCGACAAGCAGCGAAUCGACGAGUAUAGUAAAUGGGGGUAUCAAGCUAGUCAGCUCACCAAGUAAUACGAAAUUAACAAAUGGCUACGUGAGCAAUACAGCAUCCUCGAAUGGAUUUCAGUCUCCAUCGAAUCAAAAAGGCAAUAAUCAACCUCUAAACAGUAAACUAAUGAUUCACUUCAAAAACGGAAACAGCAGUACAAAUAGCAAGUCUAACUCCAUCAAUAGUAACAACAACAAACUCCAAUCACCUGACGGUUCAAAGUUCCAGACAAACUCUUCCAAAACUGCUGAUCGAUUUGAAUACAACCGAAGCUCAAGUUACGACAGAGAGCAAUCGAAUGGAAAUAGGUCCACCCUCCCAAGCAUGCCUAAGUUAGAAGAAAGCUCACCGAAAGAGAAAUCAUCGUCACCUCCAAGCGGUAGCAACAACUUGCAAACAGCUUCCAAGUCAAAUGGCAUUGACAAACCCACCACAAAUGGAUUCGUUAAAUCUCCCGUUACUGGCUCAUCUAGUAAAAACAAUAUUAAAAGUCUCGUCCCCUACGAAUCAGAUGACGAAUCCGAUCAAUCAAACGAUGAACUGCCAACAGACAAAGACUGCACCCCUUCAACAACAUUCAAGAGCAAUCAGAAACGAUCUUACGAAAGUGAUAAUGAAAGCACAUCAUCUUCUUCUUCAUCCGAUUGUACUCCACCACCUCCUAAAAUUAGCUUAACACCACCGUCAACACCAAUCGUGAAAACUAAAGCUGGUCUUUGGCAAGUAACCGACAUUGCAGAGACGAAAUCUAAAAAUUCGAAUCACAACACAAACGCGGGCAGUAGUACAAGUUGCAAUGGUGAUUGGAAAAAUCCAUUCAGUUCUGCCACGCCAAACACUUUCUCAGGAAACUAUAUGAAGUCCAAUGACAAAUUUAAUGAGAAAGAUAAAAAGUUUAAUAAGAAGACCAAUGAAUCGGAUAAUGGGAAAAGUCCAAACGGUACAGUGCAGCAUUUAUUAAAAUUUUCACAUCGGGGUUACGGGGCACCAGUUCUAUCAUGGAACGGACAGAAACCAACUAUAGAGAAAGAGGUGAUUGAGGAGAUACGACAAGAGCGCAAACGGGACCUGCAAGAUGAAGAGGAAAAUGAUAUGGAUCGUGGUCGACAGAAGAAAGUUAAAUGCAACAAUGGCUUCGUCGGACGUGAUAAUCCCGGUUACAAUCCAUUCCAAGAACAUCAAAACCACCAAAAUCAACAUCGUAGGUGGAAUAGCGGCUCUUAUCGACCAUAUCGUCCAAAUAACCACCAUCGCAAUCAUAACUUCCGGCGACACAAUUUCCACAAAAAGCCACACCAUCAGCGCAACGGUGGCGGUAGCAAUGGUUUCCACCAUAGACGUGAUUCUUAAUACCUUCUAUGAUUUUUUAUUAUUAUUUAUCCUCAUUUUAGCGGGGAGAUUUGUUAGCUAUUUGUUUUUAAUUUAAUUACUAUUAUUAUGCAGUAUAUCAUAGACACUCAAUAUAUCUAGACUCUAAUUUGUUUCUUCUAUUGAUUAGUUUUAAUUAAUUGAUUUCAGUUCAAUUUUACUUGCAGAGCGAAGCAUUUCAGAUAUGAACUGCUUUCGGCUUAUAAGAAUGCAAACAAUGUAUAAAUAGUGAAGUUACAUUAAUUUAAAGAAAUAAGUUUGGAAUGAUGUAUAUUCGGUAAGCAUAUAAAUAGAAGUAAAGUGACGUAAUGAUUAGUUAUAAAUUAAAUGAAUUUCAAUUGCAAAUAUUUUUCGUUUUUGUACAUGAUUAUCGACUUAAUUUAAUUUAAAUGUUAGAUACAAUUACCUAGAAAUACGGCAUUAUAAUAACAACAGAUGUCAACAUUUAUAUAAACAAAUACAAUGCAAAUAAACCUAGCAAUUAUUAGA